UGGUCGCGUGGGACGGUUCCAGUCGAUCGUUGACAAGUGUCUUGAGUGGACUGCCGAUAAGUUGUCUUGGCAUUACUGGAAGACUCGACCUCCUGUGAUGGACCUCAGCGUUCGGUCGCUGGCCAGCAAGGCGGCUUUCCUUCUGGUUGCGACGCCCUUCCUGAGCCUGGUGGACGCCAUGCCUGGAGUGUACUUCACCUCUGAUUUGCUUUCCAACAAAUGGAUUCCCGAUCCUAUGAAAACCAUCAUGAUAGUUGAUAGGGAGGACUGUGAGACGCAGUGCGUCAGACAUCCCCUUUGCACUGGCUACGCGGUGUCGACCUUCGAGAGAAAAUGUCGGCUGUAUCAGAUCGAGCGAGGUUUGGCGCCAGUCAAGAACAAUGGGUACAAGCUCUACAUCAAGAUGAAAACGGAGGAGCAAGGCUAUUACGUGUAUGGAACCCAAUACGUUCGCUUGAUGCACACUCGCCUGAACUAUUUCGAUGCUAAUAAAGAAUGCAAAAAGGAGAACGGGAAACUCGUAGCUGUUAGGGACCAGAAAAUGAAUGAUCUCCUGUUUGAGCUCCUUAAUAAGUUUGCUGUAUGGGAAGCCCUGAUCGGCCUCAACGACAUGGAAAAGGAAGGAGAAUGGCACUAUGCUGAUAAUACUCCGGCCUCUUACCAGAACUGGGAUUGGAAUGGCUGGUGGGAAAGGUCUGACAGGAACUGCGCCGUAGUCACCAUCAAUGAUACUGGCCCUUGGCGCCACGUCAAUUGCUGGAGCAAAUUUUAUUUCUUUUGUGAGAUUCCUAUGUUCCUUUAAAUAAUUACCAGUCUCCCUUUUUUUUUUCCCCCC